GUAUUACCGACCUUUGUAUUGGAGGUAAAUACGAAGUGUAAUUUAAGUUUUAGCGACCGAAGGUCGACCAUUUAGUGUUUGCUUAAAUAAAAAAGCGAAUGAACGCGGCGGCAGACUCGUCACUUGUGUUCGUGUGUGAGGUAGCUGAGUAAACUGACCUGCCUGUCCUGAGGUGAAAGUGGUGACGGAGCUUACUGUAAACAUUAAAACGCUGCUCUGGCUGCUUAUUCACUCACACUCACAGCUGAAAACUCACUUCUUGUCUCCAGACCUCGUUCUUCUGCCGCCAUGAACUUCUUCUUAGAGACUCUGAAGGUGCUCGGAUUGUCGGUGGUCUACUACCUGGAGGCGUUUUUCCGGCUGUUUGUGCCGGCGCGGAGGAAGAGUGUUGAGGGAGAGCUGGUGCUGCUGACCGGGGCUGGAAGUGGACUCGGCCGGAUCAUGGCGCUGGAGUUCGCGCGGCUCGGCGCGCGCCUCGUGCUGUGGGACAUCGACGAGGCGGGAAACCUGGAGACCGCGCGCCUUGUCAAAGAAACACACGGCUCGCGAGCGCACACCUACACCUGCGACUGUAGUAGCCGAGAGGUGGUGUACAAAGUGGCGGACCAGGUCAAACGGGAGGUGGGUGACAUUACAAUUUUGGUGAACAAUGCCGGCAUCGUCACAGGGAAAAAGUUCCUGCAAUCUCCAGACCCGCUUAUAGAGAAGACUAUGGAGGUCAACAGCAUGGCCCAUUUCUGGACGUGCAAGGCUUUCCUCCCAGCGAUGAUUGCUGCAAACCACGGCCAUGUGGUCAGCAUAGCUAGCUCAGCUGGACUUAUCGGUGUCAGCGGACUGGCAGAUUACUGUGCUAGCAAGUUUGCGGCAGUGGGCUUUGCAGAGUCCAUGGCUCUGGAGAUGUUGGCUAUGGGCUGUAAUGGAGUGAAGACCACCAUAGUGUGUCCCUUCUUCAUCAACACUGGAAUGUUUGAUGGGGCUAACACAAAGUGGCCAAGACUCAUGCCUAUUUUGGAGCCAGAUUAUGUGUGUAGAAAGAUUGUGGAUGCUGUUCGGAGAGAUCAGGUCUAUCUAUAUCUGCCUCGUAGCAUCUAUCUUUCCAUCGCUCUAAAGAAUAUGUUGCCUGUUAAAAUAGGAGUGCUGCUUGGUGAAUACCUGGGAGCAUUUGACUUUAUGGCUAAGUUCAAAGGACAUGGCAAGAAGAGUAACUGAAGUCUGAGGAAAAAUUAACCCCAUCCAUAGGUCUUCAGGAUCAUCGGCCGUGUUUUCAGUGACAUUAGAUCGAAGUCAUUAAUGGGACCAAAGCUGCAUAGAGAAGAAUAAAGCAAUGAAGAAUUAUUAUUUAAAAAUAUGCAAGCAUGGCAAUGCAGUCUACUAGUGGCACUAAGGUAUAACCACUCAGAGGCACUUAAUCUGGAAAGUACAUAAAAUGUGCCAGUAUAAUAACAAUGUAAUAACAGGAGUGUAUGUCUACAUGUGUAUAACAAUACUGUUUGUAUUUUAUGAAAAUACUAAAUUGCAAACUGAAGCAGCUAGCACAUAUUGAUUGUAAAUGUAUCAUGUCAUGUAUUAUGAAAUACCUCUAAUGAAGGAUGCGCAGUGUGUAUAAAUCAGCCUUGACUGACUAGUUUCUGUGGCUCUUUUAAUCAUUUUUAAUAUUUUUUAUUUCUUAAUUAACAGUAAUGUGUUCUGAGGAAGAUGGUACUAAACCGAAACAAGUUCAGCAACUAAACAUCAUUCAGUAAAGCUUAUAAACCACUGA